AUUCCAAAAAGUUUCCACAAUUUUCCUUCUCCUUUUCCCGCUCUCUUAAUCUUCCUCCUUACAUGUCUUUUCAGCCAAGAAAUUAUCCUCCAAACUUCCACAUUUCUCAUUGUUAACCAGUUUUACUUCCAAAUUUCACUCCUAAAUUCCAAUUAAUUUCAUCUAUGGCUUCACAAUUUCGCAUAUAUCUCACCAUCUUCAUCAUCUUCGUUUCUUUUCAUCGAAGCAGGUUUUCAUGCUGCGGAGAAAGGGAGAAGGAGAAAACAUUGGCUAUUAUAAAGCCAGAUGGGCUUUAUGGUAACUACACUGAUGAAAUUAAAAAUAUAAUUAUGGAUUCUGGGUUUGGCAUUAAAAGGGAGACAAAGAUUCAGCUUGAUGUGGAUAGUGUGAAGGCCUUCUACGAUGAGCAUUCAUCUAAAAGCUUUUUCCAUAGUCUCGUCAAGUAUAUGACGAGCGGUCCAGUCUUGGUAAUGAUUCUGGAAAAGGAAAAUGCUGUCUCUGAUUGGCGCAAGUUGAUCGGACCGACUGAUGCAGAGAAGGCGAAGGUCACUCAUCCUCAGAGCAUCAGAGCUAUGUGUGGCUUCAGCUUGGAGAGGAAUUGUGUCCAUGGGUCUGAUUCAGUUGAAUCUGCUUCAAGGGAGAUAUCAUUUUUCUUUGAUUUACAGAACGCAAGCCAUGAUGAGUUGUGAAGGUACACUCCAGAACGAAACCAAAUUUUAUGCCUCUCAUAUUGCAUCCCUCUUGUGUAAACUGCUAACAUAAAAAUCUGAUGUAAUAUAUGAUGAUGCUAGUUUUAUGAUCUAGGUCUAGUAUUCUCUAUUUCCAAUUAGAGGCUUUCACAAGUGGCCAAUUGUUGUUUACGGAAAGGAGGUGGUAACCUAGGAAACUUUGACAUGUUCAAUUCCAAGCUUUGUGGAUGGUGUAAUAUCUUGAGAAAUCUUCAUUAUUUGCAUCAGUAACGUUUGGAGAAAUCUUGAUUGUCUACACUCUGCUGGAGAAAGAGAAAUUUUUUA